UUUUGUUGCCCGUCCGUCACCGAGAAGGACUUUGAACUUUUUUCACGAGUCGAUUCAUUAGCUAGUUACCUCGCCGCAUUUCAAAUGGAUAUACGUUAAAACUGAAGUGCCCUAGAUCGAGUGUAUAAGGCUUAUGUUUAGAAGUGUAUGUAGUGCACCUUUCUAGCUAAAUAGAAGGCGUUUAGGACACAACCCCAUUGCUGUAUACAUGUCCACAGUACAUUCUGUUUGGAGCUUAGUAAUUUGGGACUGGCUGUUCUCUGAAUCCACCUGCGCUCUUCUGUUCUUCAGUAUGAUUUUAUUGUUAGUUUUUGCAGCUCUGUUGGUCGCUUUUAUUUUACUUCUCUACAUGAUAUCUCCUUUAAUAAGCCCCAAACCGCUCAAACUCAACGGGGCCCAUGUGGUGGUGACUGGUGGCAGCAGCGGCAUUGGGAAAUGCGUCGCCAUGGAGUGCUACAAACAGGGUGCCUUCAUCACACUGGUGGCGCGUGACGAGAACAAGCUGGUUCAGGCCAAGAAAGAAGUGGAGAAACAUGCGAUAAAUGAUAAACAGGUGGUUCUGUGUAUCUCAGUGGACGUGUCCAAAGACUACAGCCAGGUGGAGAGCGUUCUCAAACAGGCUCAGGAGAAGCUGGGCCCGGUGGACAUGCUGGUCAACUGUGCAGGAUCGUCCAUUUCCGGGAAGUUCGAGGAGCUGGACGUGCAUCAUUUCCGGAACCUGAUGGAGGUGAACUACCUGGGCAGCGUGUACCCCACGCGGGCGGUGAUCAGCACCAUGAAGGAGCGCCGGAUGGGCCGCAUAGUGUUCGUCUGCUCUCAGGCCGGCCAGCUCGGCCUGUUCGGAUACACGGCGUACUCGGCCUCCAAGUUCACCCUCCGCGGCCUGGCCGAGUCCUUGCAGAUGGAGGUGAAGCCGUACAACAUCUACGUGACGGUGUCCUACCCCCCCGACACGGACACGCCGGCGUUAGCGCAGGAGAACAGGACCAAGCCUUUAGAGACCAAGCUGAUCUCCGAGACGUCCGGGGUGUAUCAGCCCGAGCAGGUGGCCAAGGUCAUCGUCAAGGACGCCGUGUACGGGAACUUCAGCAGCUCCGUAGGUCCGGACGGCUACAUGCUGUCGGCGCUCACCUGCGGGAUGUCGCCCGUCACCUCCAUCACCGAGGGUCUGCAGCAGAUCGUGACGAUGGGUUUGUUCCGCACCAUCGCUCUCUUCUACCUGGGCAGCUUCGACAGCAUCGUGCGCCGCUGUAUGAUCCAGAGGGAGCAGAGCAAACCCGCCGACAAGAGAGAAUAACGCCGGCGUACCCCGCCCUUCCUCCUGCGCCUCGUCAUCGCCGCCCGACGCGGAGCGGCCGCCGGAAGGGAUGAUGUAGCGUUCGGUAGGGGUGUAGCGAUACUCAAACGUUUCGAUAUAGCUAACAGAACUGACAAAUAAACGCUCCUCGUACCGCAGCGCGGUGUUUACGCCAAAUUCCGAACCUAGCAUCAGUAUAACCGAGCCGCAUUCCUAAAUUCCUUCAUUUAGGUGACGUUUAACGACUUAAACUGUCCAGAUCUGGUGAACCUGUGCCCACUGUACCCUCAGAUUCCUGCUCUUAGCCUCCAGCAGUAGAACCCCAUGUGGUUUGUUCCUUAUAUUAUCAACAAGGUGCCUCUAGGGGGCGCCGUGUCUGUUCUGCAGUUUAAUACGCCAGUCCACCAGCACCGAUAGAUCCAGACCCGGAGUCCUAGUCUGAGCUGUGCUGCCGGCCUGGCCGGACACUCGGAGGGAACGGCGACCCCUGCUGUCUGGCAUAGCGAGAUCCUCCGUACGCUGUUCGGCUCUCUGGGAGAAUCCUAGAAGCACCGUCCGAAUUCAGACCCAUCUGAGAAGCCAGCGUAGGGAUGGUCGGUACCCGUCGGACUGCCGCUCGCUGGACGCUUUCUUGUUUUGAACUAUAGCGCCUGGUAUCGUGCUCUUGCGUAUCGCUACACCCCUGCUGUUUAAUCACACCGUUUAGUAGAACGCCCGAGUUCCACGAGGGAGCGGCAGCACUGGGUCAACAAGGGCGGGGCUUAAGUGAAUUCUCAGUCAAUAGCAGGUCGCAGAUAAGCGUUUCUAAAGUUUGAUUCAAACCUGAUGUCACGAGGCAUUGCGACACUCUUAAUUUAUGCUCGGAUGGUCAUAACGUGCCGCCCGGAUGGCGUAGCGGUUCAUAACGCUAGCUCGUUCCCUUUAGAGGAAGGGAAUGGGUUCAAUUCCUCACUGUUGCAACAGCGACUCCUACUGUCCGGUCAAGGAAGCGAAGAGCGAUAUUAUUAAAGCUUUUGUUAUUAUAGUGGAUGGUGGUGGCUCAGUGGUGUUAGGGUACUGGACUAGUAAUCAUGAGGUUGCCGGUUGAAGCCCCACCACCACCAAGUUGGACCCCUGAGCGAGGCCCUUAACCCCUAAUUGCUUGCAUUGUUUUCGGUGAUGAUUCUAACUUGCUUUGGCAAAAAGUAGAUGUACGUCGUACGGUUUAAAGAAGUGACUCGAACCCCUGCCACCAGGGGGCGCUUUACAGAUGCUUUUCUGAGGCAAGCGCGGCUGCAUUACUGCUCUGUGUAAGAAUCCGCUGCUGGUUGGUGAAAAGAAGCGCCAGCGUUCUAUGGUGGACAGUGGUGGCUCAGCGGUUAGGGUACUGGACUAGUAAUCAUGAGGUUGCCGGUUCAAGCCCCACCACAACCAAGUUGGGCCCCUGAGCAAGGCCCUUAACCCCUAAUUUCUUGCAUUGUAUUCGGUGAUGAUGAUAAAUAAAAAUUUAAUGUAAAUGUACGUUGAACGGUUUGACUCAAACCCCUGCCACCAGGGGGCGCUUUAGAGACACUCGCUUUCCCAAGGAAGGUGAGGCUGCGUAGGAAUCCGCUGCUGGCCGGUGAAAAGAAGCUCCAGCAUUGAAGUUGUGGAUUCAUUUGGGAGUAUUUUGGGGGGGGGGGGGGUUUAGCAGUUGAGUUUUGACCCAAAGCUCCACCCUUGGUAACCCAGUGUCGCCCCUCGCAGCCAAAUCAGGGCGUCCCUUUUCUUUUGAAACGUACGAAUCUUUAUUCUUUGCAGGCGAAGGUUAAACCCUUGAUGUUCCUCUCGUCCGUGUUUGUGAAGUUCAGUCGUAGCUAAAAACACGGUUCGAGUUUCUGUCGUUUUUUUGCCUUUGAUGUUCGGUGUCCUGAUGAAAACGUUCGGAGUGUUUCGGCGUGAGUGUGGCGCGGACUCGCCGGUUCGAGUUCCUCCGCCCCUUCGUUACAUCGUGAAAAAAUUCAAGCAUGAAAACGAUUCUGCAUUCCAGCAAGCUGCUGUGAAGCGAGAGAGCAGCUUUUUUGUGUACGUUUUACAUCGAUUGCCUUUGAAACGCAGCUGUGUAGCAUCAUAUCAUGAUCGUAAGCUCUAAAUUAAAACCAUCGUUUUCUUUUUGCUCCUCUUCGCCUUGCGUUCGCUUGUGUUGCAGGAAUAAUAUUCGAAUCCCGGGUUCCGAAGCGGGUGUGGUCCGGCUGGACCCGCGAGUUCGGGGUCACGGUAAAGAAACCGCCUGCAAUUUCAGCUAGCGAUUAAUCUCCGACGCGGCUUCAGAAAUGCAGAUUAACGUUUGAAAAUUAAAUAAUAAAAUGUACAAACGUUCAAAUCUCUGCUCUGCUACCGGCAGGCUGGGCGACUACGCGAACAGUGAUCGGCUCGUCUGAGGGUCAGAGUGCUGUGGGUAUUCCUCGUAAGUGCUGCAGUUGCGCCCUCUGCUGGCUGAAUGAUACGGAUCUCCGUAUGAACCCACCUGGUGCAGGUGAAAAGAAGCGGUCUGUACUGCACUGUGUCGGAGGGGGCGUGUGUUAGUCACGGCUCUCCUCAGUCAGAGUGGAGGUCGGCAUCAGUAGAAAGAAAGCGUAAUGCAAUUGGGUAAUGGGAUAUGACUAAAUUUGGGAGGAAAAUUGGGGGGAUGCAAGGUGUGACGCAUUUAACGAUGUUAACGAACGAUUUUAAAGCUAUGCAAACGAAGUUCAUCGCGCCAACGAUACACUACAUGGUCAAAAGUAUCUGGACGCCACUUCUAACAUUUACAUUUUCAGCAUUUAGCGGAUGCUUUCAUCCAAAGUGACUUACAGUACUGUGAUCGUAUACUGUCCAAGCAAUUAAGGAUUAAGGGCCUCGCUCAAGGGCCCAACAGUGGCAAUCUGGCAGUGGUGGGACUUCAACCAGCAACCUUAAGCGCUAGGCAACAACGUCCCCAGAUUAAAAAUCAGUGUUCCAGCCACAACAGUCACUAACAGGUGAAACUAACAGGUGACUUUGCAGUGACAGUUUAGGGAAGGUCCUGUCCUGUUCCAGCAUGACUCCGCCCCAACUGAUCGUCAACACUCAGCGUCCAGCCGUACACACACAAACGGCGUCAUCUUCUGGCAGAAUGGGCACAAAUUCCCACACACGGACGCACCUCGGAGUCGUACGAGAAGCUGAAACGAUCGUUCAGACGUCGCUCUGGUUUAAUAGCUCACGGUCAGCUCACGGUCAGGCGUCCAGAUACUUUUGGUCACACCGUGUGUCUCUCGUAACAGCAGCCUGAACACAUUCCAUGGUUUUAUUUUUAUUUGACUAAUAGCUGCUUGAUCUUGUGUGUCAUUGAGAAUAAAAAUGUUUUUUUAUUAUUAUUUUGUGUUUUAUGUUCACUGAUCAAAUAAAGUUUUUCUGAAGUUA